CGUAUGGCCUUCCUACAAUUCGAAAACUCUGUUGAAGACUGCUUGAAAAGAAUGGCAUCAGAGAGCACAUUCGACCAUUGGCAACGCGUCCAUGCAAUGACAAGAAGAUUGGCAGACGUGAAACAAACUGCCCAACAGCUACGAAUGAAGACAGAAAAGGAAUUAGGGGAAAGGUUCACCCGGCUAGAAAAGCUGAAGGCUAGUUACAAACUCCCAUUGGGAGUUUCCUACUGCCAAAGUGAAGCCCAGUUCGAGCAAGAAUAUCAAAGAUUGUUCGGGAAUGAGAGCGAGAUAUCCAUGGACCUAGAAUGGACACAGGAGGAAGGUCCAGUGGGCUGGCGAGCCAGUGUUUUCCAACGGAUACGGGAUUUUUUUGGCCUGAUGCCGCCACGCAUCAGGACCAUUCAAAUUGCCCAAUCAUCAGGGGUAAUAGUGUAUCAAAUAUGCACUCGUACUUGCCCUCAGAAAGUAAAGGAAAUCCUCCUUGCAGAGGAUAUCACGAAAUUCGGAGUUGGCAUCCAGUCUGACGUAAAUAUGGUGCGCGAGGUUUGGGGUCUGGGAGUCUCGAAUGCGAUGGACAUUGGAAGCAUCGCCCUCGAAGAACACCCGAAAAGGUGGCAACAGACCAAGGCUCUCAACCAACAACCUGGGAUGCAGAAGCUGGCUGUGGUAUAUCUAGAUCGGCGGAUAGAAAAACACAGUAACAACUUUCACAGUGGCUGGAGUGCACCAGUUCUAUCCGAAAAGCAACUGGAAUAUGCCGCAAUCGAUGCCUAUGCUUCAUACCAAAUCCUUGAGAGGAUCAGGGUGGAAGAAGAUGGGGAAGCUAUCCUAUAAAUCCUGCCACUACGCACACAGUGGAAUGGUGCUCUUGCAACCCUAUUUUCUUUACAACGAUCAAAUUUGACAAAUUCUCAUUUAUACAAUAAGAUGAAGAUACAGCCGUAGUUUGG